AUGUUUGAAGGGAAGCAAUCUGUGUGCCACGCUCGCGUCAAUAAGCGUGUUCAGGCUGGAGAGUUCGCCCCUGGGGAUUUCGCUAACGUUUGCGUGUAUGCCCGAUGGCCGAGCGGCCUGAUGAAGCAGACCACCAUGAUAGUGGCCAUCACAGCACAGCUCUCCGUCGAAGCUCUCACGGGACUAGCCGAUCAGGAAUUGGCGCAAGUGUUGGCCUCCUUGGCUUCGUUGUGCGGCUCUCGUGAGUAUCCCUAUAGGGAAGGAACUGCUGUGUUCCAUCGAGCCGAGCCGAUGAGUCCAUCGACCUCGACUACUGAGCCGACCUGGUUCUAUGACGCUGCAGAAGCUACUGUUGUCCGCAAAAUUAGAGAAUUCAAGAGUCUCGAUGUUGUGGAAACCAUCGUUGGAUACGCUCAUGCACGGACGGGAUCAACGCAGCUGUGGGCCGUCCUAGUGGAGGCGACCAACCAUCGUAUAACCAUCUUCAAUGCGGAGCAAGCCUCUAUGUUAUGCUGGGCCUUUGCGGUGGUUCGGACUGGGGCUAAGCUGUUCCCCCAACUCCAAGUUACUGCACUGGAGCGUCUCAACCAGUUCUCCGCUUUCGGCCUGACUAAUAUGCUUUGGGCGUUCGCGGUGAUGAAGAAGUUAGAUCCCGAUUUCUGUGAACCCAUCCUUGCCGUGCUGACUCCUGAAGUCGUCUCCUCCGACAGUCGCUGUGCUCUGCUUUUUCCCACUCUACGCGAGCUGCAGGCUGUACAUUCCGACUUCGACCCGGCUGGAACGGAGAGGUAUCUUGAGUAUUGCCGCGCACAUUUCUGGGACUUGCAGCUCUCUACUGCUCCUAGUGACGAACUCAUGACCUCGAUAAGCGACACUCUUGUCCAGAUCGAACGCCCUGGUGUAGGAAUGUACGACUUUGACGGAUUCCUGGUUGAUAUGUGGGUUCCCGGCAUCAAGGCAGCCAUCUUAGUGAGCACCCGAGCCAACAUGCAGGCUCGAAGUCAAACUCCAACGGGUGAAGCCAUCCUGAGGCAUCGGCACGUCAUGCGAGGAACAAGAGGACGUGUCAUUCACGUCUGGGAUCAGGAAUGGAACGAAAUGGACGGCCAAGAGCGGGCUACCUUCCUCCGAGAGCGACUCGAUCGAUGGUAUGAAGAAGACCAAAACGUCGAACGGGGACAAGAGACUCCAGAGGGGUCAACUGAAAGCGUGCCGGCCCCGAAGCGGAUCGCUGUCGAGCCGAUUCCGGGAGAAGUGGAGCUUUUGAAGAAGCUCCAAGAGCGUAUGAAGGAGGAGGUCGAGAUCGGGAAUGCGCUGACGCCUGGUUUAUGCGCUGGGAGUCCACAAGAGAUGGCAAGAAAUAUUCGGCGUCAAAGGCGAGCAGCAAAGAGGUGGAAAGAAAUCGAUACCCCAGAAGACGAGCCAGCGAGACUCCCAUGGGAAGCCAAGAUGUGGGUGAAAGAGCGCAAGACAAGGCAUGGCGAAGCGAGAGGGAGCAAAUAG